UGAAUGGUGUGGCGAUAGUUUUGUGCGAAUGCGUGUAAUUAUUUUUUUUUGUUAAUUUUAAUAUAAAUUUAAUCAAUUCGGUAAAAUUUUAGUGUUAAUAAGGUUGAGGUAAAAAAAUAUUGAUUUUAUAUUUUGAUAAUUCAAAAAAUUUUAUUAGAUAUUUGUGAAAAGUUCUCAAAAUGAAAAUAUAAGAAGAUAAAAAAAAAGAAAGAAACCAAAAAUAAAAUUUUGUCGGUAAUAUCCAAAAGAAAGCAGUUAAGAAAUCGAUCAAUAAUAUAUUGCAACAUCUUACAUAUACCGCAUAAAAAGCUUAGCGCAUAAUUAUGGUUAAAAUUAUCUGGAAUGAAACAAAAAACAUAAAGAUUAUAAAUAAAAUUUAGUGCUUAAAUUAUACAAGAUAAAAUUUUUCAUAAUUCAUUUUUCGGUAUAUAAUUAUAAGGUUUUAUAGAAAAAAAUAUUGAAAAAAAAAAAAAGAUAUUCUGGUAAAUGAAGAAGGGUCCUUAUAAAUUUAUAUCUACCUGAAAUAAUAUUGAUUAUUUCAACUUUGACAAACGACAAAUUAGAUCAAAUAAUUUCCUGGUCUCUUUUAAAACAAGGCUAAUUUAAAUUGGGCCCAAUAAUAUUCAAAAAAAAACACAGAGGAAGAACAGAAGAAAAUCAUGAUAAAAUAAAUAUAAUAUCAAAAUGAUUAGAUGAGAAAUAUUUUGUUGAAAAUAAAUCUUUUUUGAAAUCUUAAACAAUUUUUUAAUAUUAAAUAAAAAAUUGUUAUUUUUAUUCUAUCGGGAUAACAUAUUAAAUAUGAAUUCACGUCACACAUUUUACACCGUUGAGGUGGGUGACACAAAAUUCACAAUUCUUAGUCGAUAUCAGAAUUUAAAACCAAUUGGAUCAGGUGCGCAGGGAAUAGUUUGUUUGUUUUAGUUUUGUUUAUCAGUUUCAUGGUUGUUAAAAAGAAAAUUUAGUCACAUAGGCUAUGCAAUAAAACAAAUUAAAAUCAGAGUCCUCCCCAGUCUUCAUACAUAUAUAAAAAUAAUAGACAAUUCGUUUUCUAAAAAAAAAAAAAGAAAAAAAAAUUAAUUAAAUUACAUCUAUAACAUACUAUAUAUAUAAAAAUUUGAAUAAAUAUAUAUUAAUAUAAUAUACAAAAAUUAAAUAAAAAUAUAAAAAAUUAAAAAAAUAAAAACAAUAUGAAUCAAGAAUUUCAAAGACAUGUUUUCGGAGAUACAGAAUUUAUAGUACCAUCGCGUUAUUCUUCGCUUAGUGCUAGAGGAAGUGGUGCGCAAGGAGCUGUGUGUGCCGCUUACGAUACUGUUACUGAACAGAAUGUGGCUAUCAAAAAGCUUUCUCGACCAUUCCAAAACGUUACACAUGCCAAGAGAGCAUAUAGGGAAUUCAAAUUAAUGAAAUUAGUAAAUCAUAAAAAUAUAAUCGGUUUAUUGAACGCAUUUACACCGCAACGCACAUUAGAAGAAUUUCAGGAUGUUUAUCUUGUCAUGGAAUUGAUGGAUGCUAAUUUAUGCCAAGUAAUUCAAAUGGAUUUAGAUCAUGAUAGAAUGUCAUAUUUACUUUAUCAAAUGCUAUGCGGAAUAAAGCAUUUACAUUCGGCAGGAAUAAUACAUAGGGACUUAAAGCCAUCCAAUAUAGUUGUUAAAGCAGAUUGUACGUUAAAAAUUCUUGAUUUUGGAUUAGCACGUACAGCUGGUACAACAUUUAUGAUGACACCAUAUGUGGUUACAAGAUAUUAUAGGGCACCUGAAGUUAUUUUAGGAAUGGGUUAUACUGAAAAUGUUGACAUUUGGUCAGUAGGUUGUAUUAUGGGUGAAAUGAUACGUGGUGGUGUACUAUUUCCAGGUACAGAUCAUAUUGAUCAAUGGAAUAAAAUUAUUGAACAACUGGGUACACCAUCUUCAUCAUUUAUGCAACGUUUACAACCGACAGUAAGAAAUUAUGUUGAAAACCGGCCAAGAUAUACUGGAUAUCCUUUUGAAAGAUUAUUCCCAGAUGUAUUAUUUCCAAGUGAUGCUACUGAACAAAGUAGGCGAAAGGCUUCUGAGGCUCGUGAUUUAUUAAGUCGAAUGCUAGUCAUAGAUCCAGAACAAAGAAUAUCUGUCGACCAAGCUUUACUUCACAGCUAUAUUAAUGUAUGGUAUGAUGCAGAAGAAGUUAAUGCUCCUGCACCAGAACCAUAUGAUCACAGCGUUGACGAAAGAGAGCAUACUGUUGAACAGUGGAAGGAAUUAAUUUAUCAAGAAGUUAUGGAAUAUGAAGCCCGUAACGCCAAAAUUGAUUCUGCUGAUAGGCGGUAGAAAAUUAAAAUAUAAUUUUAGAAAAAAAAAAUAAAAUAAAACAAAACCUAUAUAAAAUAGAAUAUAUGUAAUUUCAAUAUUAAAAAAAAAAAAAAACAAAAAAAAAAAA